UUUUAAGAAUUAAUAAUAAAGUAUCCUGUUUUAUUUCUACACGCGCACGCGCACGCACAGUUGCUAUGAAGGAAGCGCCCCUGGUUACGCUCGUGUUGUCCAGAUACCCACAAUGCAUCGCUCUCGGACACUACAUUAUGUUCUUGCUGUCGUUGUCGUUUAACGUCAGGAUCGUCCCGAGGAGAUAAUGUGUUGAAACAUUAAACUCAUCAGCCUGUGAGGAGGAAAACAGCGAGGAAGAGACAGAAAUCUGUCCAUCAAAUAUAAUAUCGAGAUCAUAUCAAUAUAAUAUCGUGAUCAUAUGUCAGCAUGGACCGAGAGCAGCGGAAUAUCGUCAUUCUGAACGCGUCGAAACGAGAGCUGUUCAGCUCCAGCUCCGGGUUCAAGAGCCUGCAGAAGAAGCUGAGAGCUCAGUGGAGGAUCCAGAGCAUCAAAGAGGAGCUGAGCUUGGAGAAGCUCCAGGGAGUGAAGUUAUGGAUCACCGCAGGCCCUCGGGAGAAGUUCACCGCCGCUGAGCUGGAGGUCCUGAAGCAGUAUCUGGACGCUGGUGGAGGGAUUCUAGUGAUGCUCGGAGAAGGAGGAGAAAUGAAAUAUGACACUAACAUCAACUUCCUCCUGGAAGAGUUUGGCAUUAUGAUAAACAGCGAUGCAGUAAUAAGGAACGUCUAUUACAAAUAUUUCCAUCCCAAAGAAGCUCUCGUGUCCAACGGUGUUCUGAACAGGGAGAUCAGUCGUGCCGCGGGUAAAGUGGUCACGGGAAUGAUUGAUGAAGAAAAUUCGGGGAAUAAUUCACAGGCGCUGACGUUCGUAUACCCUUACGGGGCCACACUGAAUGUGAUGAAGCCGGCGGUGGCCGUCCUGUCCACUGGAUCCGUGUGUUUUCCUCUCAACAGGCCUGUUCUGGCCUUCCAUCAGCUGAAGAACGCCGGCAAGUUGGCAGUUCUGGGUUCGUGUCACAUGUUCAGUGACCAGUACCUGGACAAGGAGGAGAACAGUAAAAUCAUGGAUGUUGUGUUCCAGUGGCUCACGACCGACAGCGUUCCUCUCAACCAGAUCGAUGCAGAGGACCCGGAGAUCACAGACUACACCAUGCUGCCGGACACUGGGAGUCUGUCGGAGCGUCUGAGGGUGUGUCUGCAGGAGGGAGACGAGAAUCCGCGAGAUUUCACAUCUCUUUUUGACACGUCUCUGCUGAAGCUGCACACAAACACUCUUCCUUCAGUGCUGGAUUCUUACAAGCAGCUGAAUGUAAAACAUGAAGCUCUGCAGCUGAUCACGCCUCAGUUUGAAACACCUCUGCCUCCUCUGCAGCCGGCCGUCUUUCAGCCGGCGUUUAGGGACCUUCCUCCACCCAUGCUGGACCUCUUUGACCUCGACGAGACCUUCUCCUCUGAGAAAGUGAGGCUGGCUCAGCUCUCAAACAAGUGUACCGACGAUGAUCUUGAGUUCUAUGUGCGUAAAUGUGGAGAUAUCUUAGGAGUGACGGGGAAGCUGGACAAGGAAAAGCGAGAUGCCAAGCACAUUCUGGAGCACGUCUUCUUUCAGGUGGUGGAGUUCAAGAAGCUCAAUGUAGAGCAUGAUAUCGACACCACAGAAGCACGGUUCAACAUGUACUGAAGCAGACCGUGGAGCUGACGAGUAUCAGAUGUGUGUGUGUGUGUGUGUGUGUGUAUACAGUAUAAACACUCAAACUGCACAUCGCUUCAAGAACAGUCAGGUGUGCUUCAUCACAACUAUGGUUUAAAGAAUUCACAAGCUUUCUUGUAAUAUUUGAGUUUUUUCAAUAAAUAUGAGUUUUGUUUUCUCA